GAAAUGCAAUCAUGAUGUCUAAAAUUGUUCUUAUAUUAUUUUCAUUAUAUCUACCAAUAUGGAGUUCUAGAAUAAAAGAAGUACUUAAUUUAAAAAAUAUCUAUUUUUCAUCAUUAACUGAAACUUUGAAAAACCACAGCCAGCAGUCCGAUCAAAUAAAUGCUAUGCCAGUGGCGUUAGAAAGAUGGCAAAAUAAAUUAUUUUUGGUCACGCCAAGGUUCAAACAAAAUAUACCAGCUACUCUAUCAUACAUUGAUAUCUCAAAUAUCGAAGAAUUGAAAAAUAAAACGCCAAUCUUAAUCCCUUAUCCUAAUCAAAAGGUUCAUGAUAUAUCUGAACACAAUUUAACUUCUGUAGCUAUAGUUCGCGCUGAUGUAUGUGACCGCUUAUGGAUUCUAGAUAAUGGAAAAGUAAAUAAUAAACGAGAAAUGGCCACUACAAUACAUGUAUAUAAUUUAAAAACAAAUAUACACAUGCGUACAUACAGUCUGGGGCAUUUAACCAAUACAAAUUCGGAUUUCAACAAUAUGGUUGUAGAUGUGACGUCUUCUACUUGCGAAGACGCUUAUGCUUACAUACCAGACAGUGAUACUUAUCGGUUAAUAGUUUACAGUUGGAAGACAAAUGAUUCAAUGUCGCUGACGCAUAAUUAUUUUCAUUUUGAUCCUAUUUGCGGUGAUAUUGAUUUAGGAGAAGUGCAUUAUCAGUCGCAAAAAGGUCUAUUCGGAAUAGCACUGUCCCCAAUGGGGAGGAAUGGUUACAGAACGGUUUACUUUCAUAGCAUUGCAAGUACUAUGGGAUUUGCCGUUAGCUCCAAAACGCUACAUGAUUGGCAAUAUGAAAAAAAUAAAAAUGUUUACGAAUUCAAAGUUAUGGGAUCGAGAGGAAUAAAUAAACAAGCGACAUCUUCAACGUUUGAUAUAGAAACUGGAGUUUUGUUUUACGGUUUACUAAUACAGAACACCAUAGGAUGUUGGAAUUCGUACAGUGGAGAAGAAUACAAUGAACAUACACAAAGCCUUAUCACUUUGGAUAAGGAUCAAGAUAUGUAUCCAUCCGAUGUUAAAGUCGAUAGAACGGGAAAUUUAUGGGUAUUAUCAAACACAUUACCAAUUUACACCCACAAUAACUUUGAACAAAAUUUAGUUCAUGUUAAAAUUUACAUGACUCCUGUCCGCCAAGUUAUUAAAGGAACAAUUUGUGAUGAAAUGUAAACUAGGUAUUGUAACUAACUGUAUACCUGAAUGAAAAGUUUCUCCUUUUAAUUUAAAAAUAAAUAAUGUCUGG